CACUCCGCCUCGGCCCUGCAGGGGCUGGAUGGACAAGUUGGGCACGAUGGCUCGAGCCCGGGCGGCGGCGGCGGCGGCCGGAGGCGGCGGCGCGUCCUGCUCCUCGCCGCGGCGCCGGCGGUGAUCGGAGCGAGCGGCCGCGGCCCCCGAUGAGACUGCUGGCCGGCUGGCUGUGCCUGAGCCUGGCGUCCGUGUGGCUGGCGCGGAGGAUGUGGACGCUGCGGAGUCCGCUCACCCGCUCCCUGUACGUGAACAUGACGAGCGGCCCGGGCGGCCCGGCGGCGCCUGCGGGCGGCAGGAAGGAGAACCACCAGUGGUAUGCAUGCAACAGAGAGAAGUUAUGUGAGUCACUGCAGGCUGUGUUUGUUCAGAGUUACCUGGAUCAGGGAACACAGAUCUUCUUGAACAACAGCAUCGAGAAGUCGGGCUGGCUCUUCAUCCAGCUGUAUCACUCCUUCGUGUCGUCUGUGUUCAGUCUGUUCAUGUCCAGAACAUCUAUCAAUGGGUUGCUCGGAAGAGGCUCGAUGUUUGUGUUUUCCCCAGAUCAGUUUCAGAGACUGCUUAGAAUUAACCCAGACUGGAAAACCCACAGACUUCUUGACUUAGGUGCUGGAGAUGGAGAAGUCACAAAAAUCAUGAGCCCACAUUUUGAAGAAAUUUAUGCCACUGAGCUGUCUGAAACGAUGAUAUGGCAACUUCAGAAGAAGAAAUACAGAGUGCUCGGUAUAAACGAAUGGCAGAAUACAGGGUUCCAGUAUGAUGUCAUCAGCUGCUUGAAUUUGCUGGACCGCUGUGAUCAGCCCCUGACUUUGUUAAAAGAUAUCAGAAGUGUCCUGGAGCCAACUAGAGGCAGGGUCAUCCUUGCCCUGGUCUUGCCCUUCCAUCCCUAUGUGGAAAACGGUGGCAAGUGGGAGAAACCAUCAGAAAUUCUGGAAAUCAAGGGGCAGAACUGGGAAGAACAAGUGAACAGUCUGCCCGAAGUGUUCAGAAAAGCGGGCUUUGCCAUCGAGGCUCUUACCAGACUGCCGUACCUGUGCGAGGGGGACAUGUACAACGACUACUACGUCCUGGACGACGCUGUCUUUGUUCUCAGACCCGUGUAACCGAGGGCCGCAGUCUUCAGAGCCUGCCCGAGUGUCCCUCCGGAGGAGCCUGGGGACUGUCGUGCUAAAUAUCAUGUAGGAAUUUAAAAAGCCAAAAUACUAAUUAUUUCUUUGUAGUGUGUGAAAGGAAUGUUUUUUUUUAAAAAAAAACAAGAACCCAACUCUUUGAGGAUUUUUAUCAGCUCUUCUCUCACUCAAUAAUGCAGGUCUUACUCCAAUUAUGGAAGAUAUUUUUUAUACUUAAUUGCAGCGGGGACUCCUCCCCGUCCAAGCAAUAGUCAUCACUUCACGUGGCAGCAGUCAGCACGGGUUGUUUCUAAUGAAAUGAAGAUUGCAAUAAAGGUGUCCAUUCCGUUGCAAAUGCUGGUUAUGAGGUAUAGCCACUGGUACUCUCAUGUUUAGACAUUCUUUCUGUCAUUAUUCAAGAAAAUGUUUUUAAUCAUGCUAAUAAACUUUUUUGGAGAUGA